AUGUGCGACUAUAGUGAAUUUCAGAGGCCUGAAAUAUUAGUUCAACAGAUUGUUCAAUUCUCUACAAAGUUGGAAGUUUUUAAAGUACAGUAUGAAGAUCAGUAUUUGAACUCGUAUCAUUGUGGUUUUGAAGCGUUUAGAAGCCUCCGAGGUUCCGUUGAUUUCAUUGAUAGACAGUCACCACUUUUCAUUAAUUGUUUUUAUACUGACGACAGUUCUUGUUCAGAAGCGGCAUCACCUGCUUCACUCAGUGACAAUUCUGAUCAUUCUUCUAUUGUAUCACGUGUAUUCAGUGAAAAACUUGUCAUCACUUUGAAUGAUGACAAACAAGGUGCUUCAAAUCAAAAUCAAACUGUUAAACAAAAAAGUUGUAUUGAUAAUGAUAAUUGCUUUAUUCCAACAGAUGUAUCAUGUUUUCACUCAAAUGAUUUUGAUAGCGGGGAAACAGAAAAAAUUAUUUCCUGUUUGAAAGACUGCUCUGGUGAUGAAACAUUAGUUGUGCGUAUUAAACAGGCCCCAUCAAGGGUUUCUCAAACACAACAGAACAAUGAAGAUGUUUUAGGUGCAUGUAUUUCACAAAUUUUACCAUUUCUUUACCUAGGUAAUGCACGUGAUUCACAAGAUGUUGAUCUCCUUCGAAAGCUGAAAGUCACACAUAUAACGCUUAAUCAUAUACAAUACCUACGCAUACCGGCAUCAGAUACUACAGAUCAAAAUCUUCGCCCAGCAUUUGACAGAGCUGUACAGUUCAUAGAAAAGGCUCGAAAGCAAAGUGGAAUUGUUCUUGUUCACUGUUUAGCUGGUGUAUCGCGAUCGGCUGCUGUUGUUAUAGCUUAUCUUUUAUACAGCAAUCGUACUCUAAAUUUAUUCAAAGCACUCGAAUAUGUACAAGCUCGUAGAUCUGUAGCCGGACCAAAUUUACAUUUUAUGGGACAACUUCAAGCAUAUUACCAUGACCUACACAGUCGUAAAUCAUCAGUUUUUUCAAACCGAAGUAGUUCAAAAUCUAGAGAUAAAAUGAUCACACGUAACAGCGCGGAGAAUUUAAGUGGUAAAUCGAAAAAAACAAUAUAUCACGAAGUGUCAGCCUAUCAUCUAAUUUGA